AUGGACACGCAACCAGCCGUACCCCCCAGGGAUGCGAGCAUUGAGUACAUCAGCGACAACAUCUUUCAAUUGACACUGACGACAGAAAAUAAGGACGAGAUCUUCGCUCACGGUCUCUCCAAGCUUGAUGAGAGUGCAGAAGAAGCCGACUUGAUUCUUCGAAACCUGACAGCAUGGUGCCCGGAUAUCGCCGCUCAGUUCUCCAAACGUUCGUCAACAACAAUCUUGGAUACCCCGUUUCGCCUGAUCUUCCCGGCUGAUGCUCGAGAAUCAUUCGACAACGGCCUGUAUGUGCGCCAAUAUGUAGCGAUCUCUUACUGCUGGCACUCAGCAGAUUAUCCGUAUCCAGGCUGUGAACCGUACGAUUGCUGGCCAUUUAGCAAACCCUUCGUAGAUGCGAUUCUGAGCGACAAGGACCAUCCUCGCGAGGGGAUAUGGAUUGAUCAGCUCUGUAUCGACCAGGAGGAUAGUCUCGAUAAACAGAAAUCGGUUGCUGCCAUGGACGUAAUUUACCGAUCGUGUAUCCGGUUGUUGGUUCUGCUGGAAGAUGUAACGUUGGACGAGGCAGAAACGCGACUUGUGAAGGAUUGCACCGGUAUUGCAAUGCGAUACAAAAGAUCUUGGGUACCUGAACCUGAUGUCAGGCACCUUUAUGUGUCUGUAUGGCGUAAGGUGGAGAAAGCGCGAUGGUGGGACCGAGCCUGGUGCUAUCAUGAGUUCUGUUUAAACGAACCUCAGAGUGUUAUGAGGCAUCUUGAUGUCCACGAAGCGACCUUUGUCAUGAAUGGUCCUGAUGGCUCCACUGUGAAGGUGAAAUGGCUAGACCUCCGCCUUAUUUUGUCCAUGGGGGUGGAAUUUUUAUAUGCUGAGCAGGGCUUCGACCUGACCCACGCCAAGACCAGUGUGAUUCUUACAGGAUAUGUUACUAGUGGUGAAGAUCCGACAACACGCAAUGGAGAGGUGUCGAGGCCAAGCAUCAUGGCUCGUCACAAUGGCGUUGCACAGAAAGGAUGCCAAUAUUUCGAAGACCGUGUCAGUAUCAUGUUGAACAUUAGUGGGCUUGCUUUAGCUUAUAAUGGCGAUGGUUCGUCCGAUAAAGAGAAGAUUCUGUAUGUCAGCGCACUCUUAGCUCUUGCAGCAGGAGAGGCACACCCACUCAGUAUGAUGGACAGCAAAUCGAUCAAGCUCGACGGCAACACAACGUGGUUAUCACCAAGUAUUGCUGCUCAGGAUACCACAAUUCCAAAUUAUAUCCUCGGAAGCGUGCAGGGCAUCCGACAUAUCUCUACGGAGUUCAUCGAGCUCGACAUGAUCUUUCUCAGGGCGCCUUGGGGAUUGAGACAGCAAGAUGCACAAUUGGAAACUGCUAAUCGGGUUUUUCCCGAAAUGAUAGAAACCACGGAGCCACUGAGGCACACUCCAGACGGAGUCAUUGUGAGCCCACUCACAGUACGGCCAGACAGCGAGUACGAUGAGCGCCGACGAAAGUUCAUCGCCAUAUGUAUCGAAAAUGGCCUUGAAUUCACCGCUGCCCUGUGGGAGCAGCUCAAGCGUGAUGUCGUGCAUCCCAACUAUAACCAAGGCGGACACCAAGAUUUUCAGCCGAACGCAGCGCUGAGUGUAUCAGCUCAGAAAUUUUUGGAACAACUACAUCGGAAUGCAAAUGCAGAAAUAGUGGAAAGGAUUGCGUUCGAUGUAGAAGACGCUAAACUCUUCCUGACGUGGGUAACCGAUCCUCGUUCGAUGUAUUACAUUGGCUAUCUAACGGUUCGCUUGCAAUGCACGAUCGAUGGCCGUCAUGCUCUUAUGACUAGCACGCACAUCAACGAACAUUGGGAAGGCGCUGUGUUUGAGGAGCUCCAAGCCGCAAUCCCUGUGGAUCUGCUUGGUGUGAGUUGUAUACCGCUAAGGAUAUGGAUAUUGCAACCAUUGGAGAUCAAGGAAGACAAGGUGGUGAGCUGGAGAAUCGUAGCUAAGGCGCUACUGCUUGGUGAACCUGAUCUGAUGGAGGAAGUAAGACUCAAUGGAAAUCGAGACGACGCAGUCGUGAAAUUGGAAAUGGGAGUACGCGUUGGCGCCUAG